AUGGCUGAAUUUUACAUCCCCAAACCACUGCCAGAUGGAGAAGAAGGCUGCGAGGAAGAGGAAGAUGUCCCAGGACCACCAGACAGGAAGCUGAGGACGGAGACCGGAGAGGACAAAUCUCCACAGCAGAACCUCGUGGAAGAAGCAGUUUUGAAGGACUCCAUGGCACAGGAAUCGAACAGGGAGAUGAUCGACACCGGGGAAUGGGCCUACGAGUGUGGGGAAUGUGGGAAGGGCUUCAGCUACAGCUCAGAACUCGUCAGGCACCAACGCAUCCACACUGGGGAGAGGCCCUAUGAGUGUCCCCAGUGUCAGAAGAGGUUUCAGACCAGCUCCAAUCUCCUCCUGCAUGAGCGGAUUCACACAGAUGAGAGGCCCUUCCACUGCUCUGACUGCGGGAAAGGCUUCAACAGCAACUCCAAUCUCAUCAGACACCGGCGCAUCCACACUGGGGAGAGGCCUUACAAGUGCACCCAGUGUGGGAAGAGCUUCAGGUGCAGCUCCAGCCUGAUUGUGCACCAGAGGAGCCACACUGGGGAACGGCCCUAUGAGUGUGAUCAGUGCAGGAAGAGGUUUCAGAGCAGCUCUGAUCUCCUCAAGCACCAGCGCAUCCACACUGGGGAGAGGCCCCAUGAGUGUGAGGAAUGUGGGAAGAGCUUCAGCCGGAGCCUCACCCUGAUCCAGCACCAGAGGACCCACACUGGGGAACGGCCCUACGAGUGUGGGGAGUGUGGGAAGAGAUUCGGACAUCGCGCCAACCUCCUUGUCCACCAAAAGAUCCACACUGGGGAGAGGCCCUACGAGUGUGCCGAGUGUGGGAAGGGGUUUCGGAUUAGCUCUGAUCUCCUCCAGCACUAUCAGAGUCACACACAGGAGAGGCCCUUCUGCUGCCCCGACUGCGGGAAGGGAUUCAAGCGCAACUCCAACCUCGUCACCCACCGGCGCAUCCACACUGGGGAGAGGCCCUACGAGUGUCCCCAGUGUGGGAAGAGCUUCUCCUGCAGCUCUCGCUUGACCCAGCACCAACGGAGGCACCGGUGA